GCUGCACACAACAGCAGCACAUGGUAGAAGAAUGGUAGCUUAACGAAGAGAGAAGAAAGGAGUGAGAAUACUAAUCAUAACCGUAAAAUGGAUGCGUCGGAAUUGGAUGAAGGAAUGAAGGUGUUAGAGUCGUGUUUGGCGCUUAUAAAUUGGCGUCUCAAACCUUCUUCAAAACGACGUUUACAAUUAGACAUUAUUGCCCUAUCUACGAGAAUGAGACCUGUUGUGAUGGUUGACUAUGGAGGAAUCAUGCCUCAACUACAACAACACCUUUCUUCCCUCCUCCAACUCGCACAAAAGGAAUCCCUAAUUUUCGAGCAUUUAAGAGUGAUGGUUAUACAAGACAUGAUAUACUUGAUUCACGUGACGGAACUAGCUCACCAUGUCAGAUCCACCUUCAACUCUCAACAACAGUUACUCUUCGUGGACCUUCAACACGAACCACCAAAGAUGAUAACUCGAAUUGAGGAAAGCCAAUUAGCAAUGCAGUUUGUGUCGAUUCAGAAGUUGUUUUUGACAAUUUUCUCUCCUGAGGAGGGAAAUUGUAUGGAUGAUGCUAACUCCACUUCUCAGUGUUUUCCCUCUCAUUCUAAUGAGUUUGUUGAUCUAAGUAACUGUUUGGACAACACUGAUGUGACAGUUCCAACCUUGAAUGGAUGGCUUCUAGGCUAUCCGGUGGUGUAUCUGUUUGGCAAGGAGCGUGUUGCUGAUGCCAUUUAUAAUCUUUCAACCAAAUAUCUUCAUGUUUUUCAAGUGUUUGUCUGCAGGAAUAGUACACUCAAGAAAGGGACUCAAGAUGAAGAACUGUUAAGUUUUUCAGUGCCUUAUGAUCUAAGCAUGAGAGGGAGUAAUGAACAAUGGGCAAAGGCUUUUCUGGCUCACAUGCAGGCAAAGUGGGAAAGAUGUGCAAAUGCUUGGAAGUCAUUAAAGAUGGAGGUUAGUGAAUGUCAUCCUCAAGCUAUCGUGUUAUAGUAUUCAGAAUAGAAUAUGGAUCCCACGAAGUGCAGGACGUACUUAAAAGAAUAGAAUGUAUUUAACUUUAAUAAACGAAAACAUGUCAGAACAUAAAUUGCCCCGUGAACUAUUAUAAAGUGCGACAUUUUAUAUGGAGUUUUGAACC